AGAGAGCCCUUUACGGUUCGGGAACUUACAUGAGUUCACAACUAAGCGUUGCCAUUGAGUUCAGUCCAUUCGGCCGAGGGUGGAACAAGUCAUCGCUCGGCAAAGAGAUCAGUUGUGUAGUCGUCGCGGAAGUGGUCAGACAUCCGGAAAUUAUAGCUCAAAACUCCAAUGGUGUUCCUAACGCUUAUUAUGUGGUCACUAAUGACGAUAUGAUUAAUGUCUCACAUAUUCUCUGCCUUCACGUCAAUGAUAAGCAAACAGAGGUCUUCAAUGACGCUGUCACACAUGACGGAGAUGUUAGAGAUAAGAGGGACGACAGCCUCUAA